GCUGUAACUGAAGCUUGCUGUGCCCCAAAGGGAAGGGUCAAGCCACCACUCUGCUCGUGACGGUAAAAGUGUGUGAGGAACUGCCAUGACCACCGCCCACCGCCUCGUAAUCGUGCGUCACGGCGAGAGCACGUGGAACCAGGAGAACCGCUUCUGCGGCUGGUUCGAUGCCGACCUGAGUGAGAAGGGGCUGGAGGAGGCCCAGCGCGGGGGGCAGGCCAUCCGGGACGCCGGCCUCAAGUUCGACAUCUGCUACACGUCCGUGCUAAAGCGCGCCAUCAAGACACUGUGGACCAUUCUGGAGGGCACGGACCAGAUGUGGCUGCCCGUGGUGCGCAGCUGGAGGCUGAACGAACGCCACUACGGUGGCCUAACAGGCCUCAACAAGGCGGAGACGGCGGCCAAGCAUGGAGAGGAGCAGGUGAAGAUCUGGCGCCGAUCCUUUGACAUCCCACCCCCUCCCAUGGACCAGGAGCACCCCUAUUACAAGACCAUCAGCGAGUCGAGGCGCUACAAGAACCUGAAGGAGGGGGAACUGCCCAGCUGCGAGAGCCUCAAGGACACGAUCGCACGAGCUCUGCCAUUCUGGAACGAGCACAUCGUGCCGGAGAUCAAGGCUGGGAAGAAUGUUCUCAUCGCAGCGCAUGGCAACAGUCUCCGUGGCAUCGUCAAGCACCUGGAGAACAUGUCCGACGCCGCCAUCAUGGAGCUGAACCUCCCCACCGGUAUCCCCAUUGUCUACGAGUUGGACCAGGACCUGAAGCCUGUUAAGCCCAUGCAGUUCCUGGGCGACGAGGAGACUGUUCGCAAGGCCAUGGAGGCUGUGGCAGCGCAGGGCAAAGUCAAAAAGUGAGUCACUUCAGGGCUGGAAGGAGCCGUUUGGUCCUGAGGCCCGACAGUCACUGGGAGCCCGGAGCAGGCAGCACAAGUUCAGCCAAGCCAGAGCCGUCCAAGAAUAAUAAAGCCUUUUUUUAUGGA